AUGAUUUUGGAUGUCCUAAUAGAACUCAAUAUAGUCGAUGAAUUUUCCGUUGAUUCAGACGUAACAACCUCCACAGAAGAGUUGUACUACAACACUUGUGCUAUAGCCGCUAAAUUACACAGUGUUAAACCAAUGAAUAGUUCUGUGUUAAACGCCCCGCCUAUAUCGACUUCCACGUCUUCCGUUUUAGCAUUACCUAAAAUCGAUUUGCCUAAAUAUGAUGGUAACUUAAUUCAAUGGAGACCUUUCCGUGAUAAGUUUGUAUCCUUAAUACGCCGAAAUGACAAUCUAAGUAAAAUUGACCAAUUUCAUUACCUAUUAUCUUGUUUAUCUGGUCCGGCAUUGUCUUGUGUCAGUUCAUUACCAUUCACCGGCAGUGAUUAUGAUAUUGCCUGGAAGACAUUAAUGAAUCGUUACGACAACCAACGUUUAUUGGCUUCAGCCCAUUUGGAUAAAUUAUUUUCAUUUCGCCCAAUGGUUGCAGAAUCAUUGCCAUCUCUUCUCAACUUCAUUAAUAUUUUUCAAGAAAAUGUGGCCGCGAUUACUGCGCUUGGUGUAGACAAUCUAUCUGACUUUAUGUUAUUUUAUAUUGGGUCGCGGUUAUUGGACCCGAUUACUCGACAAUUGUUCGAAGCCAGUGUUUCGCAGGAAACUAUUCCUACUUUUGAUUCUUUGCUUACGUUCGUUCAUCACCGUUGUAGAAUCCUGGAGAAUACCAAAGGUCCAGACAAUGAUCGAACCGAAAAGAAACACACACGACUCAAGGAUUAUAAGACAACCAGGUCAUCUCUUACCACUACAUCAACUAGCAAAAAGGGGUCCAAUCCAAAAUGUCCAUGUUGUACAGGAGAACAUUUUGUGUACCGUUGUCAAGUUUUCAAGGAUCUUCCAAUACAAAAACGACGGGAUACGGCGUUGUCAACAAAAUUGUGUUUUUCAUGUUUGAGUCCUUCACAUACGGCAAAAGCAUGCAAAUCUAAAUGGUCAUGUUCAGUAUGUAAAAAACGACACCACUCUUUACUUCAUCAAGAUUCCAUCUCAUCAUGUGUUGUACAAGGAAACGAUCCUAUUCAAAGCACUUCACAAGAUAACAUUACUAAGUUCUCUGGGUUGUCAUGUGUCACUUCCACGGUCGUGUUGGGAACCGCCAUAGUUCGUAUGUGUAACUGCCGUGGUGAUUAUCAAACCGUUCGUGUAUUAUUGGAUAGCGGAUCACAAGUAUCAGCCAUGACCAUGCGAUGUGUAUUAAAGCUAGGCUUUCCCAGACGCAGAUGUCAAAUAGGCAUAGUUGGUUUAUCAAAGAAAUCAAUAGAUAACGUAAAAGGGAUUACCAGUUGUCACUUUGUACCAUGGCAACAACAUGAACCUUCGUUCUGUAGUUCUGACAUCAUUAUUUUACCUCAGAUUACCAAUAACAUGCCUUCAAUGCCAUUACCACCUUGUGUUCGUCAGUCUUACGGUCAUCUAUCAUUGGCUGACCCUUCAUUUGAUGUUCCCUCAUCUAUAGAUAUGCUCAUUGGUGGAGAUUUGCUUCCUCACAUAAUGAAGCCCCGAGCCGACAUUUUACAACGUCAAGGUUUGCCGUCAGCGGUGGAUUCUUUCUUGGGAUGGGUUGUUUUCGGACUCCUUGAUGAACAAAAUGCGUUUUAUGCUCACUCGUUGUCAGUGACGUCAUCUUCCUUAAAUGACAUGAUUCGAUCUUUCUGGUCAGUUGAAGAAAUUACGCAAUCGAAAAGUCCCACCACUGAAGACCACCAAUGUGAGAAAUGGUUUUUAGAAACGACAACGCGUGAUGACCAUGGCAGAUUCUGUGUUGCACUUCCAUUUACAGAUACGGUAUUGUCUUCGCAAAACCAUUCGAAAUUCAGGAAGAAUCAAGCCCAAUUCCCCUCCAGUAUGUUUUUGCAAAAUCAUGGCCUCGGUGAGUCUCGCUUACUUGCGCAGAAACGCUUAUUCAAUCUUGAAAGCCGUUUAAAUAAAGAUCCAGCAUUAUACGCCGAAUAUCAGCAAUUUAUGAAGGAAUACUUGGCUCUGGGUCAUAUGAAAAGAGCGACUCAGGCUGGAAAAUAUUUCAUCCCGCACCAUGCUGUCGUGAAACGUGACGGUAACAAGAUCGAAAAGUUGCGUGUUGUGUUCGAUGCAUCUGCUGCUACAUCGUCGGGUUUAUCGCUAAAUGACGUCCUUAUAGCUGGCCCUAAGUUACAGGUUGAUAUUUUUGAUAUUCUUGUAAGGAGUAGGUUAAAACGUUAUUUGUUAACCGCAGACAUAACCAAAAUGUAUCGACAAAUUUUGUUAAAACCCAACGACUGUGCGUACCAACAUAUAUUAUGGCGUGAAUCUCCUGAGGAAGAAGUGAUUGAAUAUGAACUUCGUACUGUCACGUAUGGCGUUACUUCUGCUCCAUAUUUGGCUAUUCGAUGUUUGCAUGAAUUAGACGCUCAGGGUGGUUCAAAAUUCCCAGCCGCAAAAAAUAUUCUCACUCGCCAAACGUACGUUGAUGACAUCGUGGUAGGAGCAGAUACAGAAGUGGAGUUAUCUAUCAUUCAACGAGACAUCAUCGGUUUAUUGAAUUCUUGUGGAUGCACCUUAAAAAAGUGGACGAGCAACUGCCCGGUUAUCUUGGAGAAUAUCGACACUAAAGAUCACGCAAAAUUAUUAUCAUUGGAUCCCAAAGGUGAGGCCUCUGUGAAGGUUUUAGGCCUUCAUUGGGACCCAUCAUCAGAUCAUUUUGCUUACCACACAAGUCUUCGCGCGGGUCAAUAUACCAAACGAAAAGUGCUCUCAACUAUCGCUAGACUAUUUGAUCCAAUUGGUUUCUUAGGACCCACACUGUUAUGGGCCAAGAUUUUUAUGCAAGAAUUAUGGAAACUGGGUCUGCAUUGGGACACUCCACUUCCAACACAUCUUCACUGUAGUUGGGACCAAUUUGUAAGAGAACUACCAGAACUCGAUUCAAUUAUUCUUCCUCGACAUAUUGAUAUCCGAUCCCAUACGGAAAUUCAACUAAUAGGAUUCUCUGAUGCAUCAUCAAAUGGUUAUGCUGCUAAUGUAUACUUACGAGUAAUCAGCACUUCAAAUUCUAUCAACAUUUAUUUUGUUACUUGCAAGACAAAGGUCGCACCAUUAAAGGCUGCUGACCCACACGCAUCACUAUCCAUACCACGACUGGAACUUUGUGGAGCAUUAUUAUUAGCUCAAACCUUAAAUCGAGUCAAAACUUUACUUAUGUCUGAAAUUUCCAUUUCACGAGUACUUGCUUGGACUGAUUCUACAGUUGUCUUAUCGUGGUUGACUGCUCCUCAAAAAACUUUUAAAAUUUUUGUGACAAAUCGAAUUGCAAAAAUACAUUCUCUUCUCCCAGAUUGUGAGUGGGCCUACGUAAACACAAAGGAAAAUCCAGCCGAUCCUGCAUCCCGAGGUCUUCUUCCUGCUGCAACAGUUGCCUGUAAAAUACACAGAGAAGGACCGGACUUUCUUCGUUUUUCAGAUGCUCAAUGGCCCAAAUACGAUUUCAUUCCAAUUACUCCUGAGAAAUUACCCGAAUUUCAGCCUCCAUCUAUUUUCAUAAGUACCAUGACUAGCACCGAACCACAAGAUGACAUUUUACAACGUUUCUCGUCCUUUACUCGUAUGCAGCGGACAUUAGCGUACAUUCGACGUCUUGCUAUCAAGGCCCGUCGUCAACCCAUGCCAGAUGGUCCCUUGAAACAAGAGGAGUUACAUCAUAUUCUUAUUCACGCAGUUUUGAUUACACAAGCCAGAUACUUUCCCGAACUCAAAGGUCAAUUAAUAAAAACAGAUGGUAUAUUAAGGCCAGCCACUAUAGCUCAAUUAGCCCCAUUCAUCGACCCACUUGGAGUGAUUCGGGUGGGUGGUCGACUUCGUUAUGCUUCUUUGGAUUCGGAUGCCAAACAACCUAUCUUGUUACCGAAAAGAUCUCAUUUGACCCAAUUGAUCAUUCGACAUUUCCACCAAGGAUUCUUACAUGCCGGUCCUAAACUUGUCUUAUCAAUGAUCAGAAGAAAAUUUUGGAUCCUGUCCGGUAGAGAUGCGGUUCGCCAAUUUAUCUUUUCUUGUAUAACCUGUGUUCGUUUUAAAGCAUGUCGUCCACACUCAAUCAUGGGAAAUUUGCCGUCAUCGCGCGUCCAACAAAACAGGCCUUUUUCGCAGGUCGGUAUGGACUAUGGUGGUCCGUUUUUAGUCAAGGAGAGUCGCCGCCGUAAUGCACGCACAAAUAAAAUGUAUUUAGCCCUAUUUAUAUGUAUGUCGGUUAAAGCCGUUCAUUUGGAAAUUGUGUCGGACAUGUCAUCCACUGCAUUUUUAGCUGCAUUCGAUCGAUUUGUAGCUCGUCGUGGUAUACCGUCCAAUAUAUACACAGAUUGUGGUACUAAUUAUGUGGGAGCGGCAAAACAACUAAAAGCGUUAUUUCAAGAUAAUCAAACUCAGACGAAUGUUUCUAAACAUAUACCUUGUCAAUGGCAUUUCAAUCCUCCUGCAGCUCCACACUUUGGUGGGCUUUGGGAGGCGUCUAUAAAAAGUGUCAAACAUCAUAUGAAGCAUGCAAUUGGAAAACAAAUCCUAACACAUGAAGAAUUGUUAACAUUAGUGACUCGCAUAGAAGGGAUUUUGAAUUCCAGACCUCUAACCCCACUCUCAUCUGACCCUAAUGAUAUAUGUGCAUUGACCCCCGGCCAUUUUCUAAUAAGUCAACCUAUCAUGGCUGUGCCCGAACCUGAUGUUAUUCCAUGUCCAAUGAAUCGUCUCGACCGCUGGGAGCUACUCCAUCAAUGCCAUCAAACGUUUUGGAAACGAUGGACUCGGGAAUAUCUUACCACCCUCCAAGGGCGUCUCAAAUGGUACCAACCCACACCAAAUUUAUCCGAAGGAGACCUAGUUAUCGUGGAAGCUCCGAAUCGCCCACCUACGGACUGGCAAUUAGGUCGUAUCAUUGCAGUCCACCCCGGUGAAGAUUCAAUUGUACGUGCGGUAACCAUUCAAACUCGAGAUGGUGUACUUAGACGUCCAGUCGUCAAAUUAGUGAAACUACCAGUAUCCGAUUCAUCCUUCCCUUGA